CACGCGCGGGGCAGGCUGAGGCGGCGAGGGGUGGUGGUGGAGGUGCUGCCGGCAGCCAUGAGCGCAUUCGGGGCUGCGGUGCCGCUGUCGGGCUCCUCGCCUGCGGUGGGGGUGCGGGCCGGCAGCAGCGACAGCCUGGAGAAGAUCGAUAUGUCCCUCGAUGAUAUAAUUAAACUGAACAAGAAAGAAGAGAGAAAACAGUAUUCCCCCAAACUGAAAAGAGGGCUUCAGCAGAAUCGAACUCGACAGUUCGGGACGCCAGGCUCCAAGUGGGGGAUCCAACAGCAGAAAGGUUAUAGUAAAAAUCGUUUGGGACGCAGAAAGAAGAUAGCAGGGAAGAAGCGUUCUUACGGAGUUAUAACUGGCUUGGCAGCCAAGAAGGCAGUGGGUUCACCCAAAGGAGUUAGUCCUCUGAACAGACAGCCACUUACUGAGAAGAAUGCACAGCGGAAUUACCCAGUUUUGAAAAAGAAAACAAACCUGCAGAGACAAUCUGAAAUGCAGAGAAAACGAGCUCCAGCCCUCCAGAGGUCUGCCUUGCUAGACAGAAGGAAUAACAUGCCAUCCGCUUUUGCCAGAAUUGGAAACAAACUAAAUCAGCAGAAAGACACUCGUCAAGCAACUUUCCUUUUUAGAAGGGGGCUGAAGGUGCAGGCCCAAGUGCAAUCAACAGAUGAUCUUGAUAAUCAGACAGUAAAGAGGGCUCGUCAAUGGCGAACUUCGACUACAAGUGGAGGGAUUCUGACUGUGUCUAUUGACAACCCAGGAGCAAUCAUAACCCCAAUUUCCCAGAAAUUACGAUUAACUCGUACUCCUGUGCCACCAUUUCUGAUGAAGAGGGACCAAUCUGAAGAGAAGAAAAUUCCCAAAGGGGUUCCUUUGCAGUUUGAUAUCAAUAGUGUUGGAAAACAGACAGGGAUGACGUUAAACGAACGUUUUGGGAUCCUGAAGGAACAAAGAACAGCACUGUCUCAGAACAAAGGAAGCCGGUUUGUAACAGUGGGCUAACCUGACAGAUGGACUUUGAGCCCUGAUCCCACCUACCUAAGAAACUGAAAUAAAAAGUGGGCAGAAGAACAUAGUAUAUGUUACUGAAAUUCUCCAGACUUCUUGCUAAGAUGGUGGCAGAGCUAUCUUAUCUGUAUUACUUUUACUUUGAAUGGUAAAAGACAUGGUACCCCGAGGGGGAGGAAAGUGAGGAAAUAGAUCCACUGGAGCGCUACCAUCAGAUGGUUGGAAAAGAUUUCGUUGCCCAACUGGUAACAAACACUGACUUUUGGUUCAUCUCGCAACCAAAACACAAACAUGAAUUUUAAAAGGUUUUUUUUUGUUGUUAUUUAGGAGAGAUCAGUAUCUUGUUCUUUGGCCCCUCUGUUAUGAUAAAGACUGUGUUUCAUUACAAACCCCAUUUUAGGGUUUUUUAGGGACUGCCUAUGAACUUUUUAUGGACUGCAGUUUGGCACAGAGCCUCAGUCCAUGAAUACUUUGGUAGUGAUGUAGCGGCAUUUUUCAUGGGAGCAUUGGUUGUACUUACUUGUGCUUUUGAAGUUCAUUUUUUUCUUCAAAACUAAAUGUCUUGCAUCCUCACUUUCACAAAUAAAGAUGUUAGCUGAGAUCCAAAACACAUAAUUGGGAUGGAGACUAUUCUCUUAUCCUAAAAAGUGGUCCAGAUCAUAUUGGAGGAGUACUGCACAGGCAAUAUGAGAGUAAAUUAAAUUGCAAAUAGCUGAAGUUCAUCAUUGUCCUCUGUAAAUUGAGUAUAUCUGUCUCUGUUUUUUUCUUUAAAAAAAAAUCUUUUUUUCUUCUUUUGCUUUCUGUUUCUUUUUGUAAGUUUUUUUCCCACAAAUUCAAUGCAAUAACUUCAUGUUUCAAUAAUUUCAUAGGAAUAAAUUCCAACAGUUGACAAGGUCAGUGGUAUGGUAGAGUUCCUCACCCUCCCAGACACAGGAUUCUCAUCUCUCAUACCUUGCCCCAGAGGGUUUUCUCUGGCUCUUACAAACAGCCAGGGACAAGCAGUCUAAUGGCACUUGUUUGUGUAUACCAAAGAGAGGCAAGAUAUGAAGCUGAUCAGAAGUGGUCAGUCGUCUUGAAAUUGGCUGAAACUGGGGAACGUCGCUGGAGGAAAGCCCCCGGUUUGCCAGCAUGAAGGCAUUAAGCAGGAGCAUGGAGUCACUUAUUUUAGGCUUAGCUUUAUGCAUCAGAAUCUGCAGGAUGGUUACAACUGGUGCAUCCUCAGUGUGAGUUUGUGAUCCCUAAAACUGAGGUACCUGUUCAGAAUGACUUCCAGACCAGGAACUGAUGAACUUAGCACUGUUCUAUAGCAAUGAGAUUUAGGUACAGUCAGGUAAAAGAAGGAUUGGCUUGCUGCAUCCAGAAAUGUGUAUGGUGUUCAAAGUGGGUUUAAUUCCUUUUGAUUGUCUUGAAUAUACAUUUGACUUCUUACAGAGUUGGUUUCCUUGUAUUUUUAUCUCAAAUUCCAAGUUAACUAGCAUAGACCAGGAACUUCAGUGCUGAAGAGCAUUUGAGAGUAGAAGGGCUUUUGUUCGUAUAGGGGUUUGAAAGUCAUCCUUGAUAUGCUAUAUAGUACUUAAACCCUUAUUUUUAAUGUUAAAAUAUACCUUAGCAGAAAUAAACUAAAUGUAAUGGUGUUAAGGUUUUUUUUUCUUAAUUACUAGUAGGAUUUUUCUUAUGAAAAAAUGCCCCACUGUUAGAAUUUGAGUAGAUAAGGUGUUGUUAGCCAUCCUGUUUCAAUGCAACAUUUUCCAGGCCAGGAUGCAACAAAAAAAUUCUUUUGCAUCAACAUAGAUGCAAAACAUUGAUGCAGUGCAUCAAAAAAUGCUAGUUUGUAUUUAAUGAGAAGAUGCUUUACACUGUACCUCUUGGUAUUUUUUGGAGAAGUUAUUACAUUUUAUCUAUUCUGAA